AUGCGCCGUGAGUCCAACAUCCCCCCCAAAAACCAAAAACCAAAAUUAACAUAUGAUUAUCAGGCCAAAACUGUGGUCGCACCGCUCGACCGAGUCAAAAUUCUUUUCCAAACAUCAACCCCAGAAUACACCCGCUACAGAGGCAGCUGGCACGGCUUCCUGUCCGCCAUCUCGGUGAUCAGACGGAACGAAGGCACCCGCGGUUUAUUCAAGGGCCACUCCGCGACUCUGCUUCAGAAAUUCCCGUACGCGGCGAUUAAUUUCCUACGAACAGAUCCGCGCAACGCUUAUCCCGUCCAAGGACAAGGAGACGCCAUUCCGCAGACUUCUGUCCGGCAGCCUUGCGGGGGUGUGUCAACACCAGCAAGAGCAACCGACACGAACGAAACACUUUUUAACAAACUCAGCCAACGAUUCAAACUAGCGAACUUCUACCGCGGCUUCAGUCCCACACUGCUAGGUAUGAUCCCUUACGCGGGGAUGUCUUUCUUUACCCACGACCAAGUCGGCGACUGGCUACGCCGUCCAGCAUUGGCACCGUACACCACGAUCCCAAACUCAGUCACGAAGCCCGGGUCCAGACACGCAGGGCGCCCACAACUCAUUGCCCCGGCAGAGUUGUCCGCCGGCGCGCUCGCCGGCGUGGUUGCACAGACGACCUCGUAUCCCUUCGAGGUUCUGCGGCGGCGGAUGCAGGUUGGUGGCCAUCGACUGGGGAUUGGCGGGACGUGUCGCAAGAUGUGGGCGGAGAAUGGGUUUCGGGGAUUUUGGGUCGGAUUGAGCAUUGGGUAUUUUAAGGUUGUGCCGCUUGUUGCAACGAGUUUCUUGGUUUAUGAGAGGCUGAAGUGGGCAUUUGGGAUUUAA